CCACACCCGCCUCCAUCACCUUCAUCACCACCGGCCUUACCUGGCUUACGUACCCGUAUCUAGAGGCAACACAGCUUAGAGCUCGGCUACAAUUAGUUCGCAUCUAGAUCUAGUUCCCAACCAAUUGACCUGACACCUCUCCUAUCGCGGCAUCAAACCAAAACACCGCUGCUAGAGCAUUUGAUCGUCUCCAGUUUCGAAUAUAUUGGGCCUCCCGCCUAGCCUGCCGUCGGCUUGCAUCGACCCCAACCCGACCUCCUCUCACAUCCUUUACCGCCUUCCUUGACGUACGAGCACGGACACGAGUGGCCACCAACCUCGUCUAUAAUAACAACACUAUGUCUGUAAUCCAGCAGCACACAUCAUCGUCGCUUAGUGACGCCUGGCGCACCAUCAACAUCGAUGCGCUAGACCCAGACUCCUCACAGAACUUCGACACCGAGACACUACACCCACCACUACCCGAGGCCAGCGAGGCCGACGUGCGGGGACUCAACGGCCAGGUCCGCCAGUUGCUACGGGGCGGCGAUGCUGAGGGCGCACUACGCGGAUGCUUAGAGAACCCCAUCUACAACGGGAGUGAGGUGGCAAAGGACGCACACCUCCAGACCGUCAUUGAAGUUCUGCAAUCCAUCAAGGCGAGCGAGAUGACACCGAUGUUGCAGCGGAUUUACGAGUCAGAGGGUGGCAGUGAACUGAUCGAUGUAUUGAUGAAGUACCUAUACAAAGGUAUGGCGGGUGGUAGUGCGUCGAGCGGAGGUCCUCGAACACCUACACGAAACCUCACACCCCAGGCCACAGGGUUCAGUCAGAUCGGAAGUAGACCAGGUUCAACAAAUGAGUCCACUGGUGCGGGUAUGAGCGUGCUGCUGAGCUGGCACGAGAAAGUCGUUGACGUUGCGGGACUGGGAUCGAUACAGCGUUGCAUGACCGACUGGCGCAAGGUAUGAAGUAUUCAAUCUCGUUCGAUAUUGACGCGCUUCGAGACAUGAUCGUCGUAAUACGGCACCACCGCACAUCCAUCGCCCUCUUUAGUACACUGAAUUGUAAGGGUACCUCGAGCUACCGUCGAUAAUGCAAAAUCAUGUCGAAGAUGAACAGAAGCAAGAGAACAGAAUAGAGACGUGACCCCAGUGGAUAAUACAGCAAGCUUGUGGUUAUCAUUAUCUGAGAAGCUUCUCUGUAGAUGAUAUUAAUAUGCCUGGCUCGUCCACCAGGGCGCACAACGGUUUCAGGGACCUUACGUAGCGUUGACAUUGCUGUAGUUAUCUUGCCCGAAACACUCAAGUACCGCCUUUAGUUGCAUUGUACCACCUAGAAACAUACUUGUUUUUGGAUGCUACUAUCACGUAAAUCUUAUUUACUUCAUGCAUUGCGUUCAGUAUCAACUUCCAUAAGUGGGAUGAGAAUCUGCAGGUAGAGAAAAAUUACAUACUAGAUAACAUUCAAUGUCAAUGCUCACUAUCAUUUGUACUUGUAUAUCCAACACCACCUCUAGCUUCAUAGCA